UUUAUAUUAUUUCCUUGGCGACAUGAGCGGGAAAUCAUGUCUGCUGUUAUGGCCGGACAAGUCGUCGUUCAAAUAAGUAAUUGAUGUUCACAAUAUUAAGUACGUGUUGUUUGUGGCAGUUUAUAUUGUGAUGGAAUAAAUAGUGAUUUAGUAGACAAACAUGAGUACCGUGAAAAUGCCAGGAACGGGACUGGAAGAUGUCGGUGUUCCUGGUCAAAGCUUUCUCAGAGAUGCCCUAACAAGUUGUACAGAUCCUUUGAAGGCAAUUGAAGAGUUUCAGUUGGAGAAUGGCGUUUUGUUACCUUCCCUUCGACCAAUGUUGCCAUUGCUAGAUCUUCAUGGGGUGAGGAGGCUAGAUUUUCACACGUCAGUUCUUGAGGAAUUGAGAGAUAGACUUGUGCAACACAUAAAUGAGAUUGGACAAAAGGAAGGAAAGGAAAGGGACCGUAAACUGAAGGAGCUUCUUGCCAAAAGCUUUCCGGUCGUCAGAGUGAAAGCGUUGCGUCCAGUGGUUAUGUGUAUUCUUCGUAACACACCGCACAUAGAUGAAAAAUACCUUAAAGUACUGGUUCGGGACCGAGAGCUUUAUGGUGACACGGACACCGAAGUCAAGAGGCAGAUCUGGAAAGAUAACCAGUCACUUUUUGGUGAUGAGGUUUCACCGUUACUUAGUCAGUACAUAAAGGAAAAAGAAAAUAUCCUCUUUGAUCACCUGAAUCUUUCGAAUCUAUUCUUCUUACCAUCUCCUAAAGUGCGCCGACAAGGAGAAGUUGUGCAGAAGUUGGCACAUAUGAUCGGAACCAGCGUUAAACUGUAUGACAUGGUUCUUCAGUUUCUAAGAACGCUUUUUCUUCGGACUCGUAACGUUCACUACUGUACGCUCAGGGCAGAGCUCCUAAUGGCUCUUCAUGACUUGGAAGUGCAGGAUAUUAUUUCUGUGGAUCCCUGCCAUAAAUUUACGUGGUGUUUAGACGCUUGUAUCAGAGAAAAGAAUGUCGAUAUUAAAAGAUCACGUGAAUUACAGGGUUUCUUGGAUAGCAUUAAGAGAGGCCAAGAACAAGUACUAGGAGACUUAUCUAUGACCUUGUGCGAUCCUUACGCUAUUAAUUUCCUUGCUACUUCGGCAACAAAAAUUCUUCAGCAUUUAAUUAAUAACGAUGCUUUACCUCGGGACAACACGGUGCUCAUAUUAUUGUUGAGGAUGCUUUCGCUUGGUCUGAGUGCAUGGGUUAUGAUUGAUUCUCAGGAAUUUCGAGAACCCAAGUUGGAUAGUCAGAUAGUGACUAAGUUUUUGCCAGCUCUCAUGUCUCUGAUGGUUGACGAUCAGGUUCGGAUGUUAAACAGCAAAUUGCCGCCGGACGAAAGAGAAUCCGCUAUCACCAUUAUUGAACAUUCUGGUCCCCCUCCAGAUGCUUGUCAGGCGUACGUUCAAGAAAGCAGCGUGGCUAGUAUACUUGCUAUGUAUUAUACAUUGCACACUGCCAGACAGAAAGAUCGUGUCGGACUCAUGAGGGUUCUAGGCACGUUGGCAAACUGCAAAAAUGACAGAGCUUUUGAAGAUCCAUUUCUUCAUUCAUUGGUUUCUCUGCUUAUACACAUGAACGACGAGUUUUCGGCGGAAGACUUUUGUACUGUAAUUUUUGACGAGUUCUUUUUUGCGGGUCUGGCCCGUGAUAAUGUGCCUAAGCACUUGCUGAAGCUGUUGUGGUACAUUUACCCAAAACUUCCUACAGUCCGACUCCAAACACUCCUUAAAUCUGUAGAAUGUACUUCUGAGUGGUUUUCUUUAAUUUUUCAGCACAAUGAAGCAGUGCACAGGCUGUACGAUUCCUUGCAAGAAAGAAUUGGGAGCCAGCAAGACGCGCCACACGUCCCAGCAAAUAUUGAGCAUCUGGACUCCCCACUUAUGAGUGUUCCUACUCCAGCCCCGUUGUAGUCGUGCAUAUAUUAGUUUGAGAUACGGUGAGGAUAUAGUCAGACGUCGCUGGUACAAACGUAAAAGUCAUGGACGUUCUCCCCCCUUUAUUUAAAGUUUGUUGGAAGACUAAAAAGGAAACCAAAAAUCUCAGAAUUAUAAUAAGAUUUUAUCUUUGGGUUAUAUCUGGAAUUAUUUAACAAAUAUGAUUUUUAAGUAGUUCUUUGUUUUAUUAUAAACUAUCAGGUACAACCUUCAGUGGUUGUUCAGUAAUGUCGUACUGUUCUCGUGACGUGUUUUGUCUGACCUUUAUACAUUGUCAUUAGCGGAGCACAAAAAACUGACUCGUGCUUGAUGAGUCAAAAGAAUUUAAUUUUUCAUUAUUCUUCUAUGUAGCUGUCUUUCUUAUAUCAACAGAUACUAGACGUUAAGUUUGUGAUUGGCUCAGACGUGAGUGCCUUUGUUAAUGCGACAGGCAUAUUCUUGAACGUCGCAAUGUAAGAAAAGGAUCAGGGCGAAAUUACAUUUUGUUGAUAUCGCUUUACCCCAAGCUAGAGGACAAUUUGCUGGCUGUAUGUGACUGUAUAUUAUCAGCUAAAAUAUUUAAAAAAGUCUUCCAAAUUUUGGCAUACAUUUUAUUUAGAAACCACUACAAUUUUAGAGUAAAUUGGAUUAAAAUGUUUGUGUAAGUGAUAAAAUCUCUAUUUGUAAAAGAA